AUGGCCAAUUCACUUGCUGAUCACUUUGCAGCAGUAUCGGCAACUGAUGGCUACUCGAAAACGUUCCAGGAACGUAAGGAACAAGAAGAGAGAAACGUACCCAACUUCAACACAGAAUACUCACCACUGGAUGCUAACUUCAGCUUUAGCGAAUUAAACUGGGCACUCAACAAGGCUGCAGGGCUAUCUGAAGGUCCUGAUCGAAUUGGAUACCCACUGCUGAAACAUCUUCCCGUACAGGCGAAAUUGGUUCUACUAGACAUUUACAACGGUGUUUGGAGUAGCGGUAACAUUCCAACCGAGUGGAAAGAGGCUACUAUUAUACCAAUCAAGAAACCCGACAAAAAAGGAACCGAAGCAGAAGAAUACAGACCGAUAUCACUAACCAGUUGUGUCGGUAAAAUUCUUGAACGGAUGAUAAAUCGGCGAUUGACUGAGGAAAUAGAAUCAAAUAACAGACUUGGAAACCGACAGUUUGCCUUUCGUCCAGGCUCCGGCGUGGACAGCCAUUUAGCUCAACUUGAGACGAUUCUAGAAGACGCGCUAGAAUCCGGCAUGCAUGCAGAUGUGAUAAUGCUUGACUUAUCGAAGGCAUUCGACAGAACGUGGAGACACCCAAUUAUCUCUACUCUCAGCCAGUGGAACGUUGGGAGCAGGAUGCAGAGGUAUGUCCACAACUUCCUGAACGAAAGAUGCUUUAGAGUGUUUGUAGAUGGUGCACUUUCUGAUCGACGACCACUUGAGAAUGGAAUACCACAAGGCUCAGUGAUUUCGCCAACUCUCUUUAAUAUCGCCAUCAACUCCAUUUGCGAAUGCAUCCCGGAAGAUAUAGAUAUACUGAUUUACGCGGACGAUUUAAUCAUCAUCGCUGCUGGAAGCUUCCCACGAGCCGUUCGAAUAAAAGCACAAACUACACUAAACUGUGUGCUAACCUGGGCUGAACAGCAAGGGCUUGAAUUUUCUGCUGCAAAGUCCAAACUGCUCCAUGUAUGCAGUGGCGGUAAGCACAAAAACGUCCCAGACUUGAAAACCCCGAAAGGCAUCAUCGAAAAAGUAGGAAGUACAAAGGUACUAGGAGUACAAAUAGAUUCAAAUCUGAAGUUUAUGAAGCACGCUGAUUACCUCGUCAAAAAUUGUCAAAACCAACUAAAGAUACUAAAAGCAAUUAGUAGAAGAUAUGCUAGCGGUAGCCGUCAAACACUUAUCAGGAUCUGCAACAGCAUCCUGAUAACCAAAAUUACCCAUGGAUUCGGACUAUAUAGUAGGGGUGGUGAAAGGGUGAUGAAACGGCUUCAACCGAUCUACCACACUGCGAUUAGAACUAUCUCGAAAGCACAUAUAACCAGUCCCAUACCUUCACUACUCAUAGAAAGUGGACAAAUGCCUUUUGAAUACCUCAUGACCGGUUGCCUCGUUAGCAAAGCAUGCAGCUGGCUGGAAAAACGACCAAUAGAUGAAGAACUGAUCUGUCCUAUGGUCAGAAGGACAUCAGAGUGGCUGAAGCGGUUAACAUCACGUCAAUUGCCGACCAUCAGUACCCUUAGCCGAGUAAGCGACAGAGCAUGGAAUUCAUCCGAACCUGCUAUCGACUGGAAAAUAAAGAACCAACUGAAAGCUCAUGAAGCCCCAGCAAAAAUACAAGCUGUAUUCAACGAGAUGCUAACGAAACAAUACUCCACAUCGACAAAGUUUUACACCGACGGCUCGUUAGACGAGAAGGGCGUCGGUCUGGGAGUACACAGUGAACACACCAAUAUCUCUAUGCGCAUUCCGGACUGUUGUACCAUUUUUUCAGCAGAGGCAUUAGCACUUAUGAUUGCCGCUGAAAAUGCACCGAUCUCUGGCCACACGAUUAUAUUUAGCGAUUCAGCGAGCUGCAUUCAAGCUAUUGACCACGGAAAGUCCCGACACCCGUGGAUACAGGCUGUCGAAUGCACAUCGGCUGAUAAAAAUAUCACAUUCUGCUGGGUGCCAAGUCACUCUGGCAUUACUGGAAACGAAAGAGCAGAUCAUCUAGCCGGUGAGGGUCGAACCAGAGAGUGCAACGAUAUCCCAGUACCAGCUAAGGACUUCGUGCAAUAUGCAAAAGCUCAACUCCGACAAGCAUGGGAUGCAGAAUGGAACAACUGUAACACUUUCACGAGAAGUAUAAAAUCAACAACCGCGGCCUGGAAAGACAGGAAUGAUUCUUCAGAACAAACUGCUAUCACCAGGCUCCGCAUCGGGCACACAAAGCUGACGCACGAUUUUCUCCUGGACCGGAUAGACAAACCACAAUGCUGCGGGGAAGACCUCACAAUACGGCACCUACUGGUAGACUGUCAACGAAAUCAGCAGAGUAGGGACCUACAUUUUGCCAACCUGACUUUAGGUGAAAUACUUGGACCAGAUCAUGAAGAAAAAUUGAUUGAAUUUAUGAAAGAAGAAAAAUUAUUAGAUAGUAUUUAA